UUGCAGGCAUGGCCAAUAAGCGGUGGAAUUGCAAGGGAGUGCGCUACAGGUCAUCAAGAACUCAUACUUACUGGUCAUAAAGACGGUUCAGUACGUUUUUGGCAAGCGUCUGGAGAAAACCUUCAAUUUUUGUAUCGUCUCAAAACAACAUCUCAUUUUGAAAGACUGGAAGAAUGGGAAGGCUGCGAAAAGGUUUCUCAUGCUGUAAAAUCAAUUGAGCUUUGCGUUGAGGUGAGAAGCUUUGCCACUUGGCCAUUUCUGCCCUAUUCCAAUGAUGUUUUCCAGUCUCGACUACUUCUUGUAUGCGGUGUCUCAGGACAAGUUACCCUAUUUCGUUUUACAAAAACGGAAAGUAUGAAUACUAUAGCGGUGAGGAGAUACUUAUAA